AGCUUGUCCUCUCGCCGCAGUCACAUGACUUGACUUCCUGAAUCCUGCCUUCUCACGAAAAAUUUCACCGCUUUCGUUACUGCAAGGAAAUUGGAAUUCAAAGGGCAGGCCACAAUUAAGCGAACCUUUCGAAGACGACGCAAUGCAGCCUGGAGGACUCAAAAUCACCAGACACUAUACAUGAGAGUAAAUGAAGACAAGGUUGGCUACGUGGCUUGCCAGCUAGCGAGCAACGUAGCGAUAGCUAAUUUCAUUUAACGGUAACGUACGUACGCUAGCUUAGCUGUCUUUUAGCUAUUUAGCUAGCCUUUAGCCAUAGUGCUAACAGCUGUCGUUUAGUUUUAGUGCUUGAUCGAGUGGAGUAAUCACACAACAACCAAUACCAACAAAUCCGUUCAGAUACAGUUAUAAGCGAUUCGAACGUUAAUGCUAACUAAACAUCCUGCUAAGCGGUAUCAUUGAUUAAUCUCCACAGACAUCCACAUUCUCAGGGGUUUUGGAAGGGUAGUAGCUUUCAGAUUCAAGCUAGCUCGCUAGCCGACAUACUAAAGACAUCUUUGUAGUUGUCAAAACCAACGAUAAGGAAUCAUGUCAAAGUACACCAGUUUUCCUGAGCCGAAUGCCGAAGAUCAGAAUCCAUUCCAGGACCCGUCUGUUACCCAACACAGCAGCACCACGGGUUAUGCCACUCUGGACCUGUACAACCCUUUUGACAACAAGACAGUGCAGCCACCCCCUCCUUACGAGGCCACAGUGCCCAAUGCACCUCCGCCCGCUCAAACCCCACCCAAUCGGACGACACCCACGGAACCACGCAACUAUGGAUCCUACACCAACCAGAACGAGGAUAGUUCUGCCUCGGGCUCAUAUGUCCCACCCAUUCUGCAAUCAACAGCCAGCCCACCUGGAGAUACUGUAUGUGUUUGCCCUCCCACUUUGCAUAUAGAGGCAACCUUGAGUCUAGGCAAAAAAAAAAAAAUCAAAUGCCCUUGCUCGCUCUAUGCCUGCCCUGCGUGCAGUAAUCAUAAUUGGUACAGGCCCGUGUACAAAGCCUUCAGGAGUGACAGCUCUUUCAACUUCUUCGCCUUCUUCUUCGUUUUCUUUGCCCAAGUCGUCUUCUAUGUCAUCAUGACUAUCGGCAUCCCUGGCUGGGGCUUCAGUGGGUGGAUCGUGAGUCUGGCUACUCUGAAGUCCAGCGUUCCUGUUGGGGUGAUAAUGUUGCUGAACGCUAUUCUCUUCACUGGCCAGGCGGCCAUGGGAGUGGUCAUGCUGAAGAAGGUGCACUCCCUCUACAGGCAGACCGGGGCCAGUUUUGAGAAGGCUCAGGCUGAGUUUGCCACUGGCGUUAUGUCCAAUCAGGCCGUCAGGCAGGCAGCGGCAACUGCCACCACCUCUGCUGCCCAGAGUGCCUUCACAGGGGCGCGGUAGAGGUUUGGCGGAAGAGGAGGAGGGUGGGUCUGGGUCGUGCGCUUGUCUGGGACGGCUAGUCCAAGCUGGACAAGUCUUUACAGACACACUGGCCUCAGAUGUAUCGGGACAAACAUUUGUGCAAGGUAGAUUUCCUUUGUUUCUGUCCAUGAUGUCCAUUGUUUAUUUAAAAUAAAAAAUGAAUUAUAAAAGUCAGUAACUGGGUAGUAAGAGUAGAUUGUGUCCCUCAUAAUUUACCUACACGUUUUGAAGAAAAAAAAAAAAAAAAAAAAGAUGUCGAUUAAAUAACAAAAAACACUUAAAGCGCUGUUUGCACGGAUACACCUGAGCGCCAAGAAGUGAUAUCACCAGUUAAUGUUCCGGGGGUGGGGGUGGGAGCCAGGACUAUACCCAGAAACCUACUUGGGGAGAUGGGGAAGAGUGGGAAUAUGAGGGGUCGGGUCGGGGUCGGGGGGGGGGGGGGGGGGGGUGUAGGUUACUGUAAAUGAGAAAUCUGUCAUAAAAGAAAUUCAAUGGAAGACCCACAGGUGGUCUGUUAGCUACUACUGAGAAGUAGAUCCCAAGUAGGGUGCCAAUGCCAUGGCAGUCAGUCUCCCCUUCUGCUGCCAGUGUGCAAGGGUCCAUUUCAUCACUACUCGAGUACCCACAUUAAGGCUGUUAUGGCCUGAUGAUAAUUCAAAGCCACCCCCCACCCCCACCCCAGAGUUCAGUGAAGAUGUGAGAAAUUGCUUUGAGCUUUUUUGCAGUUAUUUUUUUUUUUUUCCAUAAUGGUUUCCUUACCUGAAAAGGCGCUGGUGACUCUUGCAUUUCUGCUCCCAGUGUUCUACCUUUGCUUUAAUUGGCUGCAGCAGUCAGCCAGGCCCUUUCAGUAACAAAUAGCAACACCCAAGCAUUGCUCCUCACAUGAUAAUAAAAAAUAAUAAUAAUAUGUGGAGAUGUGUGGCAAUUGUAUUAUGAAUGCAAGCAAACUGAUGAACAAACAAGAUUGAAUUGCAUGUUGUAUAUUUGGAUGAAGGGGACAUAAAGGCAGAAGAUCAUGUUGCUACAGCUGACGAUGCAGUGUAAAACACACUAGGUUGAUUUAACAUGUAAUUAACUAUGGCUGAAUUGUUCAGGUGUCUGUGGCCAAUGUUUUUAUGUCGCUAACAAUGAGCUCUAACUGGUUUUUAUGUUUUACCUUAUCUUUUUUGUGAUGUGAAGGAGAAUGCCAAUUUAAGUAUUUUUCCAAUGCCAAAAUAAAGAACGACAAAAGCA